CCAAGAAUCCCUAAUGUAAGUACACAAUUCUACAGACAAUUGUAUACAUACACAUACACAUACAUGUUAUGUGUAUCAAGAACAUGAAGAUUCAAAGAUAGUAGUCAUGGUGGAUCGGGGAAGAAGUGUUGUGGUUUUUUGGGUUGUGUUCUUUUUACUGUUUAACUCUAGUCUUGAGCAAUUGAAUGUGCCAUUGAGUUUGUGGGUAGAAAGAUUGGCUUUGCUUCAACUGAGAUCGUCAUUAGGGUUGAGGACAAAGGAGUGGCCUAUAAAGCAUGACCCUUGCUUAAACUGGACUGGUAUUCAAUGCUUUAAUGGUAGAGUCAUUGGGAUCAAUAUUUCCGGGUUUAAGCGCACCAGAAUUGGUAGCCAAAACCCCCUAUUCUCUGUUGAUGCUCUUUCAAAUUUCACUCUGUUGCAGUCCUUUAAUGCUUCCAGGUUUGCACUUCCUGGUCCAAUUCCUGAAUGGUUUGGAAGUAGGCUUGUUUCACUCCAAGUGCUCGAUCUUCGCUCUUGUUCAAUUGAUAAUGUAAUACCUUCUAGUUUUGGAAAUUUAACUAAUCUUUCUGCUUUGUAUUUAUCUGGUAAUAGGCUUACUGGGUUAAUUCCUUCUAGUUUGAGUCAGUUGUCGCGCCUUUCAGUUCUUGAUCUCUCUCGAAAUUUGCUUACUGGAUCCAUUCCUCCGUCUUUUGCCCCACUUGGAAAUCUUACUUUGCUUGACAUGUCUUCGAAUUACUUGUCUGGGACAAUUCCACCAGGUAUUGCAAAAUUGUCCAAGCUUCAAUUCUUGAAUCUUUCUCGGAAUGCUUUCGCUUCUUCGAUACCUGUACAACUGGGUGACCUUUCUAGUCUGGUUGACCUUGAUCUUAGCUUCAAUUCUUUGUCUGGGUCAGUGCCAUCCAAUUGGAGAGGGUUGAGGAAUUUGCAAAAAAUGGUAAUUGGGAACAAUUUGCUCACUGGCUUGUUGCCAGGUAAUUUGUUUCCUCCUUUGACUCAGCUGCAGUUUGUUGUUCUAAAUCACAACAAUCUCACCGGUGAUCUACCUGAUGUAUUCUGGUCAAUGCCUGAAUUGCGAUUUCUUGAUGCCUCUGCCAAUAAUCUCACUGGGACUCUACCCAACCUUAGUUCAAAUGCUAAUACUACCACUGCAGUCUUCAACCUCUCCCAGAAUAUGUUUUAUGGAGGUCUUACAUCCAUAAUCAGGAGGUUCAGUUUUAUUGAUCUGUCCAUGAAUUAUUUCGAAGGCAAGGUUCCAGAUUACGCCCAUGGUAAUGUGUCUUUGAACGUAAAUUGUCUCCAAAACGUGUCAAGCCAAAGGACUAUGGUGGCAUGUGCAUCAUUCUAUGCUGAAAGGGGCCUGACAUUUGAUAAUUUUGGAUUACCAAAUGCCACGCAGCCUCCGCCUCCUCCAUCCAAAAAGGGAAGCCACAGAACCUUAAUCAUAUUGGCAGGAGUUUUGGGGGCUUUGGGAUUGAUUGUACUGGUGGCGAUUGUGCUGACACUGCUGAUCAUCUGCAUGCGUAAGAGGGGAACAACGACCCAAAGAGGCACCGGUGUGGGGCCCAUUCCAACAGGUGGAAGUCCAUCACCUCCUGGAGUGCCUUUGGACUUUUCAAGUCUGGGAGAAGCAUUUACAUAUCAGCAGAUUCUCCAAGCCACGGUUGACUUCAGUGAUGCAAACUUCAUUAAACAGGGUCAUUCUGGCAAUCUUUUCCGGGGCAUCCUUGAAGGUGGGAUCCCUGUAGUAAUCAAAAGAAUUGAUUUGCAUUCGGUGAAAAAGGAAGCAUACACGUUAGAGUUGGACUUUUUCAGUAAGGUUUCUCAUCCCAGAUUCAUCCCUCUCCUGGGACAUUGUUUGGAGAAUGAGCACGAGAAGUUUCUGAUUUACAAACAUAUGCCAAAUGGAGACUUGUCAGAUUCUUUGUUUAAGAAAACCAAUUCGGUCGAUGACCCUUUAGAGUCGUUGGAUUGGAUAACAAGACUAAAAAUUGCAAUAGAAGCUGCAGAAGGUCUCUCUUAUCUGCAUCAUGAAUGCACUCCUCCCCUUGUUCACAGAGAUGUUCAAGCCAGCAGCAUUCUUCUUGAUGAUAAAUUUGAAGUGCGGUUAGGGAGCCUAAGUGAAGUCUGUGCGCAAGAAGGGGAAAAUCAUCAAAACAGAAUUACCAGGUUGCUGCGGUUACCACAGACAUCUGAACAAGGCUCGUCUGGUACACCUACAGCAACAGGUGCCUAUGAUGUGUACUGCUUUGGGAAGGUGUUGCUUGAACUGGUAACAGGCAAGCUGGGCAUAAGUGCAUCCAGUGAUGCCACCAUGAAGGAUUGGUUGGAAGGGACACUACCAUACAUCAGUAUAUAUGACAAGGAACUCGUGACAACUAUUGUGGACCCAUCUCUAGUGAUCUAUGAGGAUUUAUUAGAGGAAGUUUGGGCCAUGGCCGUUGUUGCAAAGUCUUGCCUCAAUCCCAAGCCUUCAAGGCGGCCCCUAAUGAGAUACAUCCUUAAAGCUUUAGAAAAUCCUUUGAAAGUGGUGAGGGAUGAAAACACUAGCUCUGCGAGGCUUAGAGCUACGUCCUCUAGAGGGUCGUGGAAUGCUGCUCUGUUUGGUAGCUGGCGUCAUAGCUCAUCAGAUGUGGUGGCCAUUCCAGCAGCCCCCAGUAACAAAGCAGGAGGGAGUAGCUUUAAACAGUCGGGAACUACAGGUUCUGAAGGAAGUGGUCAGAAUGGUGAAGGGGGCAAUUCAUCCUCGACUAGGCGGCAUUCCAAGGAGAUUUUCCCUGAACCACCACUGGAUGUGCAAGAUUUAGAGGGCAAAUGAGGACUAGGGGAGAGGUCAAUUGUUCUUAAUUUUUUUGUCAAUAACACAGCAGGCUCCCCAUUUGAGUGCCUUGCUUGUUUGCUUGUUGGUAACCCAGCAUACUCUUCUCCAUUCUGGAGUUCUGGGGUUGCAGGCCAUUUUUGUUCGUUCUUGGGGUGUUCAGAAGGUGCACAGCCCCCACUGAUGGGGAAUGGAAACUGAAAUAUGGAGGGUUUUCUUGUUUCCAAGAGCAGCAAGGCGAUGUCAAAUUGUUCUUGGGUUUUUGACUUUGAGACUAAAUGGAAACAGAAACACAGCAGGGAUUGUGAGUGGUUGUCCUUGUUUGCUAUUUGUUUGAGUGCUUGUUUGACAGAUAAACAAGCUACAAUUUUUCUGUAAUUGAUCUUUGUAGUCUUGUGGAAUGUAAAUUGUAGGGGCCCUGGCGCUUCCAAUUUUGGGGGGGAAAUAGAAGAAUGAUUAUUUGAGUUAUUUUGAGUUUAUUAAUUGCCUUGGUGACAGAAGGCUCGUUAUACUGGGCUGUCUUUUUUAGUUUCCCCUGGUACCUGUG